AUGCCUCACUUCUCUUUCUCAAAGGAAAAGACCAGUGACUUCUCUUCUCUUGUCUUCCAUUUCUGCUUCUCCAUCUUCUCUCACCCUCUCUACUUCUCUUACUUCGUCUUCUUCUCUCCUUACAUUCUCAAGCUCAUCUCUUUCCUUUCUCCCCUCUUCAUCACCACCACCCUCCUCCUCCUUGCCCUCUUCACUUUUUCUCCUAAUUACUUCGUCUUGGACACUAAUGACGACUCUGACUCCAAAUUGGGUUUUCUUCUUUCUAAUUUUCAGAAUCUUGUGCUGUGGCUUCAGUCAAAAAGUAACCAGAAAGAUGAGGAAGGUGGGUAUCUUGAGGAGCUUGAAGCUUACCUGGUUAUGUUUCAGGCCUCCAUCUUUCAAGCUCUGGAGGCAAAACCAGAGGAAAAUAGUCCACAAUGCCUUGAAGCUGAUCUAGUUGAGAAUAAUGUGUCGGUUGCAGAAGUAAAAAGCCUGGAGAGCUUGUUUCAAGAAAGUGAAGAAUUUGAAGAUUUCGGUCAUGAGAAAGAAGAAAAAGGAAGUGGAGAAAUGAAGGUCCUGGAGAGUUUGUUCAGGGAAGAAGAGUUUGAAGGUUUAGUUCAUCAAAAGGAAGCCAAGUUAGUUGACUCAGAACAGGGAAAAUCAGAAGAAGAGACCAACGAAAAAAUGGGUCAGAUAAGUGAAUUCAAAUUGACGGAGGGUUACGCAAAAUUGGAUGGUGAAGGAGAAAAGAAGGUUCAAGAGAGUAUGUUGGAGAAGGAAGAAAAUGAAGAGACGAAAGCGAAAAUAGUUGGGCUGAGAAGUGGAUUCAAGGUGAUGAGUAAAUCUCAGAGACUUCUAGAAGCAAGUCUUGGGAGUCCAGAAAACAACUGGGUUUACAGUGAAUCAAAUUACCUGGGAAGUUUUGGAUCAAUGAGGAAAGAGAAAGAAUGGAGAAGGACCUUAGCUUGCAAGCUCUUUGAAGAGAGACACAAUAACAGCAACAUCAGGGGCAACAACAUUAAUGGAAGUGAAAGUGAAGGCAUGGAUUCACUGUGGGAGACAUACGAGACACAGUCCAACAAACCCAAGAGCAGCAACAAGAAGAAGACAAUGACAACUCUGGAGAAGAGCAAUACCAAGAAGAGUACUGAGAGCAAUGUGCUUGAAAUGGAACCUGAUGGUACUUUUGGCUACUUGUGUUGUGCACAUCACUGA